AUUAUGGUCCCAUAUAUAAUAUUUGCAUGUAAGCGCAGCCGUAGUCAAUCUUUAAGUUACAUUGUGCGCCCAAAUUGCAGGUUAUGUUAGGAAAGAUAUAAAUCGCGCUUCUACAAAGCGGACAUUGUUGCGUGUGACAAAUAUAAAAAGAGUGACGCGCCUUUGCCUUCCAGUAGUUCCAAUUUCGGCACAAAAGUAACAGGAAUACUUGGUCAUAUUUUUUCAACGACACGCCAUAAUCGCUGCAUCAUUUUCUUUUAUUCGCACAUAAUUUCUCUUUGUAAAAGGUUUGUUGCUGCAUCCAACAGAAAGAGAAAGUGCGCGGCGCAAGAGAGAGUACCUACGUGUAGUGUGUGUACCAGAGAGAGAAAAAAAAAGCCCACGCGCGAGACAGAUAGAGAGAGAAGAGCCGGCUCUGUCCUCGGCUGGUGUCUCUCGCGACUUGCACGCGCCCGGAGAGGAUGCACAGGCUGGAGAAACUUAAUUCGUCGAUCGACAUCAUACCUCUGCAGCAAAGCAUGGACGCGAGCAACAACAAGCGGCUACUUGGGCCCGGCGUUAGUGGGGUCGUGGGAUUGUCGUGUGCCAGCAAAACGAUUGACAGGCCGAGGCCCAGUGGCGAUGGCCCGGUCCGCGAUCCUGUGCUCAUCUCCAGGGUCAAACAGUACUUGUAUGCCCAUGAAAAUGAGGUGUACGUCUGCGUGGACCGAAUGUCAGAUGAGCUUCAGACAACGUAUCGAGAUUACAGAAAUAAGAAACGCACCCCAUUUAGAGCAAUGGUGCGUCGUGCCUAUGAUGAAAUAACAGAAAAUCUCACCAGACAGGUAGAUAGCAACUGGCAAGAUGAUGAUGAUGAUGAUAUUAAUAUAGAAGUGGAUUCUAUGCCUAGCGAAUACAUGCAGGCUUACAAGCGCCAGGCAGAAAUGACCAGCAGGCAAAAUGGUAACACUAGUGACAAAGAGUUGAUUGACAUUAGCAGUGACGACGAUCAACCAAAAAUUGCCCCGACUUUUAAAUUUCCUGAUAGAGAUCCAAUGGAUCUGGAUAUGCAGGUAGCCAAGAGGCCGCAUUUGAGCCCUAGUUAUGAAAGGUCUCAGCAAAUGUCUGCACAGUCCCAACAAAUGGGUCCCGUACUACAAUCGAGAAUUAACCGUUCAGAGAAAUCGCGAAAGAGACCCAGAGAUAAGGAACAUGAUAUUCAAUUUGAAUCAAUGAGAAAAAAGUAUAAAGACAUUUCCAUCACACAGUCAAACCUCAAUUUUUCAAGCGUUGGUGGCACUGAAAAAAUUUUGGAGACGAUCGUUAACCUUUUGUUACACUUGAAACACCCAGAAGUUUAUAAAAACCUUGGAGUUCCACCGCCAAGAGGCUUUCUCCUUCAUGGUCCACCUGGCUGUGGAAAAACUCUGCUUGCUCAUGCAAUAUCUGGGGAACUGAAAGUACCACUACUUAAAGUUGCAGCUCCCGAACUGGUUUCAGGUGUAUCUGGUGAAAGUGAACAGAGAAUAAGAGAUCUGUUUGAUCAAGCUAUCGCUAUUGCCCCAUGCAUCGUAUUUUUGGACGAGAUCGAUGCCAUAAUCUCAGAUAGAGCCACCGCUCAAAGAGGAAUGGAAAAGAGAAUAGUUUCCCAAUUGAUUUUGUGCUUGGAUGAACUGAAUAUGAAGGAAAAGGGAAAUCGAGUAUUGGUUCUUGGUGCAACAAAUCGUCCCGAGUCUCUUGACCCAGCCUUACGCAGAGCUGGUCGAUUCGACAGAGAAGUGUCUUUAGGCAUCCCCGACAAAGAGGCUCGCCUAGCUAUUUUGCAAAUUCACACUUCCAAAGUCAGACUCUCUCCCGAGAUAAACUUGCAGAAUAUCGCUGCACUGACGCCUGGUUUUGUUGGAGCCGAUUUGGUAGCACUCGUCAGAGAGGCCGUAAUGGUAGCAGUGAAUAGAGCACUUCAAGAUAUGAAAAAGAAUGUUCCCACCAUCGCAGAACAUAACAAUGAAGUAGCAAACGACGUACUUGUGGAAGAGGAGGUAAAGAAACCUGCAGAGCUUGACAUCACGGAUGUCAUUAUCGAGGACGAUGAUACAAUUGUCAAGGUCGACGCAGUCAAAACUACAGAAGAAAAGGAAAAAACAGAAGACGAACCAGCGACAAGUACGACGGAGGAGCCAAAGAAGUUAGAGGAGACAGCUGAGCCACAGUCAUCUACUGACAGUACACCAAGCAGUGAACAAACGCUUUCGGUGUCGACGGACGUGGUGAAGCCUGUGAAAGAAGUAGCUGACACACCAGGUGAAACAUUGAAACCGUCCUCAACCGACGAACUCGCACCUUCAGAAAAUAAAUCAGUAGUGGAUGCACCAACGGCAGCAGCAGUAACACCAGCAGUGGCUGCAACCUCAGCAUCUGCUGAACCAGCUCAAAAUAUGAUUGAAGUACUUGAAGAAAUUACACAAACAGAAGAACCAGUUAGCAAGCUCACUGACUUGCUGGGAUGGCUGCACGACGAUCCGCCGCUCACUUCGGAACAGUUGGCUCUGAUUUGCGUUGAAGAACGUGAUUUCGACGCUGCACUCAAGACAGUUCAACCAUCGGCCAAAAGAGAGGGCUUCGCGACUGUACCUGAUGUCACGUGGAAUGAUAUUGGGUCACUACAAGAUAUCAGACAGGAGUUACAGAUGACAAUUUUGGCGCCUGUGAGGUAUUCAGAACAGUUUGCCAAUCUUGGUUUAACGACGCCUUCGGGCGUGUUAUUGUGCGGACCACCAGGUUGCGGGAAAACUUUGCUGGCUAAAGCUAUUGCGAAUGAAGCUGGUAUAAACUUUAUAUCGGUCAAGGGUCCAGAGUUGCUUAACAUGUAUGUCGGUGAGAGCGAGAAAGCAGUGCGCCAGUGUUUCAUCCGGGCGCGCAAUUCAGCACCCUGCGUCAUAUUUUUCGACGAGCUGGACGCUUUGUGUCCCAAGCGUUCCGAGAAUGACAACUCGGUGACAUCGAGAGUCGUCAACCAGAUGCUCACCGAAAUGGACGGUAUAGAGGGCCGCAAAAACGUAUACCUCAUGGCAGCUAGCAACAGGCCCGACAUCAUAGAUCCUGCUGUACUGAGGCCCGGAAGGCUGGACAAGAUAUUGUAUGUCGGUCUGCCAAGUCCCACCGACCGAGCGGACAUUCUUCGGGCAGUCACAAAGAACGGCACCAAGCCAAAGUUAUCCCGAGAAGUUGAUCUGGAGAUCGUGGCGAACGACAACAGGUGUAACGGCUUUACUGGAGCCGAUCUCGCGGCAUUGGUCAAAGAAGCUGGAAACGAGGUGUUGCGCGAAAUCAUAAGCGACCUGCCCACUACGCCCGAGAUCUGCUCGCGGCAUAUUUACGCUGCUUUCGACAGAAUCCAACCGUCGGUACAAAAGAAGGAUUUACAACGUUAUGAAUCAUUACGGAAGCUGUACUCUGUCAAGAAAAAUCACAAUACAGAUGUACAAAUGUCACUGGAUGUACCAGUAGACUCGGUGGAGGCCAUGGAAACUUGAGACUUGUAGUGUCGUUAAUAAUCAACUUUUUAUUUUAUUUUUAGGUUAAAGUUACAAGUACUCACCAUGCAAAAGCCAGUAAUAUCCUAUUUUUCAUUUUGAAUUUUACAAAUUAGCAUAUAAAACUUUGAAUAAAGGUAUUUUUUUAAUAAACUGAUUCAGACGCUCAAGUGUCACGUACUCGUAUGAAGACAAAGUUGUAUUUAGUUAUUAGAUUUUGCUGUAUAUCGAAUUUAUAAUGUAUGAUAAUAUGAUUUUGAAAAUACUUACGUGACAGAAGCAUGUGGAAGUACAGAUAUUAAUAAAUAAAGAU